AGUAAUCAGCAACCUUUUCUGUGGUCAGUAGAGUUGUAUGAAAACCCAUUCCCUGAGAGAUCGAGCCACAGACACGCAUUAAAACUUGUUGUAUGUGGUAACUGUUCAAGGAUUUUGCAUCGAGGCUGUAUGACAAACUCGGCCAUUUGUCCUCAUUCAAUAGGUAGAGAAUAAUUCAUGGGAGCGUGUUGAUACGGAAUUUCUCUUCGAGUGUUCGACUCGCUGUCUUAUGAGUGAGAGCAGCGAACGAGUAAGGUGUCGAGCAAGAGAAUAUAAACGAAACGGUUAAGAAUAUAUGAAAGUCAUUUAUUUGAACUGCGGACUUUCAUAUAUUCUUAACCGUUUAUUUCAUCACUUCACGGGUUUAUUUAGAACCAACAUCAUGACCAGCUCCCAGUUGGCUUGUUAGCUCAGUUGGUAGAGCGCUGCACCGGUAUCGCAGAGGUCAUGGGUUCAAAUCCCGUAUUUUUUUUUCAGGCCUUAUUGUCACUACUGCCUAAGUAGUGCACAUUACUGCGAGGAUCACUUUCAUUCACAAGAAUAUAAACUGCUAUAAUUUCUUGGUAUCGAGUUGAACACGAGAAGAGAAGUUCCAUAACUGCUAUCAACCAUGUAUUAUUUUGUUUAUCAUAUAAUCAAAAUAGGCCUUUACUGAGAGGAAGGGUCUAAAGAAUGAAAUUAUAGGUUUCACAUUCCGCUAAAAAAAAAAAGUCGUAAAGCACGAUAAGGCUCAAGACGAAGAAAUGGAAAAAUUCUCAAAAUUUGCAGUUAUUGACUUUUUCCUUACCGAAAGAAUAAAAAUUUCCACGUAUAUGGCCAAAAACAGCCUGUGGCAAAUCUUUCAGUUGUCGAUUUUCGUUCUCAGCUGCGAAAACAUACCAUUGCCCAGGUCAAGUAUGUAACUUUCAAUUUUUCUUCUCGUAUUUAGUUUUACUUCCGCUUCUAGGAAAUUUUAAAAGCCAUUGUCCGUAAGAAAUACGAAUUUUUUUGUGUUUUUAGCAGUCAUAAUCCAAGAAAAUCUCGACAAGCAACCCUGGAUUGAGAACGGUCAACGCUUUGCCAUUCAUUUAUUAACCUUACACAUGCUGAUUGGUGAUAUUAAACAAAUGUAAAAAGUUAUCGUAAUAUUGUAGGCGUGCUGUUACGGCUUUUCACAGGGCGGGAAAUCCUUCUUAAAAACCGCAGUUUAUGUAAUAAUUUUUUUUCCUUAAGCUUUGUUAUAAAGAAAAAUAUACAAAAUAUCGCAUUAACCGAAAUUUAACUUUUUAGCCGAUCCGUGCUAUAAUUACAGAAACCUGAGCGAUGCUGACAGAAAGAGCACUUACAUCACACCCGACGGUGGAGAAAAAUGUGACGUCGAUUCCUCAUCCAUAAUAUUCGGGAAGUGGCAUCGUUUCGUGGGAGAUGCAGGAACAAAAAUGCCAACCCAGUGCGUACCGCAUAAAAGAUGUGGUGCGACCUUAUCAGGCUGGCUAAAAGGUGGUCACCCCACACUGGCAGAUGGUGAGGUUUCUUCAGAGGUCUGCUUUACCAGAGGUGUAGAUUGUUGCAAGGAAUAUAGAAACAUACAUGUGAAAGAUUGCGGAUCCUUCUUUGUAUACCAACUACAAAAGCCACCUAAAUGUGCUUUGCGCUACUGUGGCACAGACUAA